AUGGCAGCACAGCACACCCAGUCUCACUUUAUCAUCAACAUCACCGGAAGUACUGGCAACGUCAUCAUCUCCCUGGGCGAAGGCACGGUCACAUACAACGAUAAAGGCAACACAGUGGAGAACCAGGCAACAACGGCGCUGCAACACCGCGACGAGGGUGGCCACGACUUGAACCAGCAUGGCCGAGUUCACAGCCAUCGUAGAAGACAGCUUAUUCCGGCUUAUACUGGCUGGCUGCGGAGCACGAUACGAACCAGCAGGGCGAGCAAAAGGAAAAAGAGGAUCAGGGCAAAAGGUACAAGAGGGACGAGAGGGAAGAGAGAGACGAGGGGAACGAGAGGAACGAGCAUAAAACAGGAUAAGGAGCAGAGCCUCGCUAUAGAGCACGGCAUGGAUAAGCAUGAUGCUGAAUAG